UCCCCUCGAGGCGUCAGCCACGGAUGGUGGCCGCGCGAGGAGCCCUCGGCCAGCACCAUGAGGCCGACGGCGCAAAGGCGGGCCAGCCUCUCGGCCAACAUGAAGUUCGGGGUCUGUCAGAAGUGCUGCCGGAGCCCCAAGGACGUGGACCUCUUCAUCCCCUUCUCUCAGGAGAAGCUGGUCAAGCGGUGGAGCUCCCUGGACAAUUUGGCCGACCGGGCCCAGGACGGCGAUGACCUUCCCCACCUGGGCGAUCCGCGUUUCUUGUCCCUGAACGUCGGGGGCCAGCACUUCCACAUCGCCCUCCCAGCGGCGGCCAGGUACCCGCUCACCAGGAUCGGGCGUCUGGCCACCUGCACGGACCCCGUGAAGCGUCUGGCCCUGUGCGACGACUACUCGGUGCCGAGGAAGGAGUACUUCUUCGACCGGGACCCUCUCGUCUUCCACUACGUCUUCCACUUCUACCGCAGCGGCGUCUUGUGGCUCCUGACGGAGUUCUGCUCGUCCAGCUUCCUGGAGGAGAUGGACUACUGGGGGAUCCACCUGAAGUACGCCCAGCGGUGCUGCCGGAGCCUCUUUGAGGAGCGGCACGACGAGAUGGUGGAGCACCUGAAGAUCCAGCGGGAGCUGGAGGCCGAGAUGGAGACGGGGGAGAAGGGGGAGCAGUUUGAGGGGAAGUGCCUGGGAAGGUUCCGGAAGGCCAUCUGGAACCUGAUCGAGAACCCGUACUCCUCCACCCUGGCUAAGAUCACGGCCAUCUUGUCCAGCCUGUGCGUCCUGCUCUCGGUGGUGGGCAUGUCCCUCAGCACGGUGAAGGAGAUGCAGGGCACGAGCAGCAAGCGCUGCCUGGAGGGCCUGGAGACGGCCUGCGCCGCCUUCUUCACCCUGGAGUACCUCCUGCGCCUGGCCUCCACCUCCAGCCUGCAGCAGUUCCUCCGGGCGGCCUUCAGCGCCAUCGACCUGGUCUCCAUCCUGCCCUUCUACAUCCAGGUGGCCGUCGAGUCGCUGGGCGAGGAGGACGCCAAGGACGCCGAGGAGCUGCACCAGAUGCGCAACGUGGGCAAGCUGGGCAAGAUCCUGAAGCUGAUCAAGCUGAUGCGCAUCUUCCGCAUCCUGAAGCUGGCCCGCCACUCCACGGGCCUGAGGUGCUUCGGCUUCACCCUGCGGCAGUGCUGCCAGCCGGUCUGCUGCCUCCUCCUCUUCAUCGCCAUGGGCAUCUUCACCUUCUCCGCCCUCAUGCACUCCGUCGAGCACGACGUCCCCGGCACCAACUUCACCAGCAUCCCCGACGCCUGGUGGUGGGCGGCCGUGAGCCUCUCCACGGUGGGCUACGGGGACACGGUGCCGGACACCUUCCUGGGCAGGGUGGUGGCCUUCGGCUGCAUCAGUUUCGGGAUCAUCCUCAACGGGAUGCCCAUCUCCAUCCUCUACAACAAGUUCUCCGACUACUACGCCAAGCUCAAGUCCCACGAGAACAAGGCCAGCGUGGCCCUGAAGACGCCCCGGAAGUACAACCUCCAGGAGAGGCUCUGGAGGAGGGUGAAGCGGUGCUGCUGA